GACGAACCGAGGCCAAACAAGAGUUUUCCGAGGUUCGUUUAACGGUCAUGUAGGAACGAUUUUUGGCGCGGAUGUCUCCGCUUUGCUCGACCAUGCCGCCGAUGCGAGGUCCUUUCUCUUGAUCUGCUGGGCACCGAAGAGAAGAAGAGGUUGUGUGAUGGUUGCUCUGUCCCGAACCUUCUGCACGAUAAGGCCUUCAACUCUCAUCCCGAAACACUUGUUUCGCCAAGAAGCGCCAGAACCAGACCGACCCUUCGUUCCUUUCUCUCAACUCCAGCAAAGAAAGCUCUUGGAAUCGCGGCUUGUUUCUGUUCUUCACGACUGCAAUGACCUCCACCAAAUCAAACAAGUGCACGGCCGCGUUAUCCGCAAGGGCCUCGACCAGUGCUGCUUCGUGCUCACCAAGUUCAUUCGCAUGCUCACCAAGGUUGGUGCUCCAAUGGACUCCUACCCACGGCUGGCCUUCGAGCAGGUGAAACAACCGAACCCAUUUCUCUGGACAGCGCUGAUUCGCGGUUACUCUCUUCAAGGACCCCUUAAUGAGUCUAUUCUUUUGUAUAAUUUUAUGAGAAGAGAUGGGAUUGUUCCUGUGUCGUUUACUUUUUCUGCCCUUCUCAAGGCUUGUACCACUGCACUGGAUAUUGAUAUGGGUAGGCAAAUACACGCCCAGACGAUAACGAUUGGUGGGUUUGCUUCGGAUUUGUAUGUUGGUAAUACCAUGAUUGAUAUGUACGUUAAAUGUGGUUUUCUGGAUUGCGGGCGUCGGGUGUUCGACGAAAUGUCUGAAAGGGAUGUGAUUUCUUGGACGCCAUUGAUUGUUGCGUAUGCGAAGCAAGGAGAUAUGGACUCUGCGGCUGGAUUGUUUGAUGGAAUGCCUGUGAAGGACAUGGUGGCAUGGACGGCAAUGGUUUCUGGUUUUGCCCAAAAUGCUAGGCCGAGGGAGGCAUUAAAUUUCUUUGAGAGGAUGCAAGGCGCUGGUAUUGAGACAGAUGAAGUCACAUUGGUUGGUGUCAUUUCGGCCUGUGCGCAGCUGGGAGCAACUAAAUAUGCCAAUUGGGUCCGGGAUGUUGCUGAGAGAUCUGGAUUUAGGCCUACAAGUAAUGUUGUGGUAGGAUCUGCAUUGAUAGAUAUGUACUCGAAGUGUGGGAUUGUAGAGGAUGCAUAUAAGGUGUUUGAGAGGAUGACAGAAAGGAAUGUCUUCUCGUAUAGUUCAAUGAUUGUCGGGUUUGCAAUGCAUGGUUGUGCCAAUGCUGCAAUCCAAUUGUUUGAAGAGAUGGUGAAGACAGAAACUAAACCAAACAGGGUUACGUUUAUAGGGGUACUAACAGCAUGUAGCCAUGCAGGUAUGGUGGAAUAUGGCAGGCGCUUGUUUACCAGGAUGGAAAAAUCUUAUGGUAUAACUCCUUCUGCAGAUCACUAUGCUUGCAUGGUUGAUCUCCUUGGCCGAGCUGGACGUUUAGAAGAAGCCCUUGAGCUUAUUAGGAGUAUGCCAAUGGAUCCCCAUGGGGGGGUGUGGGGAGCACUACUUGGAGCUUGUCGCAUUCAUGGGAAUCCUGAUCUUGCUGAAAUUGCUGCUGCCCAUCUAUUUAAGCUAGAACCUAAUGGUAUCGGAAACUACCUCUUGCUUUCUAAUAUAUAUGCCAUAGCAGGAAGAUGGGAUGAUGUUUCAAAGGUAAGAAAGUUGACGAGGGCAAAGGGUUUGAAAAAGAAUCCGGGAUGCAGUUGGAUUGAAGGAAAUAAUGGAGUAAUUCAUGAAUUCUUUGCUGGUGACAUGACCCAUCCAAAGUCCAGGGAGAUCAAGCAGGCAUUGGAGGAUCUUGUGGGCAGAUUAAAACUUCAUGGAUACCAACCAAACUUGAGCUGUGUUCCUUAUGAUGUGAACGAUGAAGAGAAGAAACAGAUACUAAUGAGUCAUAGUGAGAAACUAGCUUUGGCUUUUGGGCUGCUGACUACAACUGCUGGCUGCACCAUUAGGAUUGUGAAGAAUCUAAGAAUCUGUGAGGAUUGCCAUUCUUUAAUGUGUGGUGCAUCCAAUAUCACAGGACGGCAGAUUGUGGUUAGAGAUAACAUGAGAUUUCACCAUUUUCAUGACGGGAUCUGUUCUUGCCGUAAUUUUUGGUGAUUAGAGCUUGGGGCUAUCGGAUUUGUCUGAAAAAAUAUUCUAUCCUGCAGCAGUCCUUACUGAUUCAUGCUAAAUUUUAGUUACAGGAGCUAUUUCUCGGAAAAGAACACGCCAAUUUCUGAGCAAGCAAGAUUUAAAUUUACGAAGAUCAUUUUGAUAUUUCACUCUCUUUAUUGUUCUGUUUUGGAGCUGAUGAACUCCAGACUAUACUUGAUUUGAGUGUGUCAAGGUGAAUUUCAAUCAGAUACUUGCCGAAAGAGGGAAAAAGAAAACUAUGGAAAAGGGGGUUAAUCCUUAAUGCAGUCCUGCAGUAGUUCUACAACUGAUGAUACCAUAUUUGCACCACAGUUUUCUUAGUUUUUGUUUGGGGUUGCGCCGCCCGGGGGGCGCGGGGUGUACAGGUCUUCUUACACAACAAACCAUUCAUUGGAAGCGCCCAUUUGUCUUUUAUUGCCUUCAAUUUUGUAUAGGUGGUUAAUUGAUUUAAGCACCUGUGUUUCUUUUAUUCCCCAAAGCAAAUAGAGAUUUUCUCUUCAUUUUCAAUAAUGGUAGUAGAAGGAUCAAGUUAGAAAAUAAGCCAAUUCAAUUUUGUAUAUGAUUUUGGUCGCCCCCCCACCAUUUACUGUGUUGGCCUAUGAUUGCCUCAUUUUGUCAUGUAAUGCUCGUCACUAGCGUUAGCUAGCAUUCAUGAAAGAUAUCCAUACCAAUUUGUUGAAACAUAAUUUGAUUAUUUUCCUAAAC